CACCAUUGGUGCAGUCCGACCCGGUACAAUAUGGCUACAGUAUUGCGGCCCUUGGAACGGCUGCGAGCGCCCCGACCUUCGUUGCAUCCCGGGGUGACCGGCUCAGGCUCCGCCUGCUGCCGCUGCACACUCGGAGCUAAAAGAUACCUACUCACAGAUAGCAUUGUAAAAUUAAAAGAGUUUCAACAUAAGAAGAUGGCCAUUGCAUACAAUCUCCCCGGCACCAAAGAAAUCUACUUCAGGAACUUAGAGGAGAAGCUGACCCAGAACAAACUCAUUUUGAAGGAAGAGCUGAAAAACGUGCUUCACUUGUGUCAGUCCCGGGAAGACGUGGAGCUGGCGAAAACUGUCAUUUACAGGUACCAUGCAGAAAACAGAAAUUUCUCCUUGGGGGAGUAUAAGUUUGGACCAGUUUUCAUGCGGCUGUGCUACGAGUUGGAUCUUGAGGACUCCGCAGUGGAGCUGAUCAAAGACAAGCAUUUACAAGGUUUCUUCCUAGACUCAACGUCAUUCAAUAUUUUGAUGGAUAUGUUAUUUACCAAAGGCAAAUAUCAAAGUGCGCUGGAAGUGUUGAUUGAAAUGAAAAACCAAGACGUGAGGUUCAGCAAAGACACCUAUGUCCUUGCUUUUGCAAUUUGCUACAAACUGAAUAGCCCGGAGUCUUUUAAAAUUUGCACUACCUUAAGAGAAGAAGCCCUAAUUAAGGGAGACAUUAUCUCCAGGAGAGCAUCCUGUUUUGCAGUGGCAUUAGCUCUGAAUCAGAACCAGGUGGAGAAAGCUAUGUCCAUUUUUUCUCAGAUCAUGAAUCCAGAAAGCAUAACCUGUGCUAACUUAAAUAUUUUAAUCCAUGUCCAGUCAAAUAUGUUGGAAAGCCUGAUAAAGAUCUUACAGGACACUCUUGACAGAAAUUUAUCAAAAUUUGUGAAAAGACAUGCGUUCUCAGAGGAAGUGCUGACCAAAGUGAGGGAAAAACUAAAGGACAGCCCGACUCUCACAGCCAGGUUUGAUGACAUCUAUGGGAAACUGCACAUAAAUGGCCACGUCACUGUCUACACUUUGGAUGCUCUGCUCUGCCAUGUGCCCCGGGACAAGAAAUCCAACACACUGCUAUUAAAUAAGAGGACAGUCAGCCGACGGACCUUACAACCGCUCAGCCGGUCCCUGCUGACUGAGUAACUGUCUUCAACCUGGAGGAGCAGCUUCGAGGCGCCUGCUUCUCCAGGAAUCACUGGCUUCUCCAAGAUGCCAGGCAUCUUCAGUGGCACUGUGCUGACACUUGGUCUCCCUAAGUCCCCUGAGUGGUGACUUGCUCAUCAGAAGAGCUAGCUCAAGCAAGGGAAGCAACACAGAAGGGCAGCUGUCCCUGUGUGAGAUGCCCUAGUGAGGGUCACAGCCACUAACGCAGCCCAGCAGAGUGACUCUCAGUAGGUACCCGUAGGAGAAGUUCCCCGAGGCCUGACCAACCUUAACUGACCUUCCACAGGAGACAUGCCUUGCAAGUGAUCUCCUCACUGAGUUUGGGACAUCUGAAACCCUCUUACCAUGUUGGGAAACGGCCAAGGCCCUUUCUCAUCUCUGCCAUCAUUUUCCCAUCUGCAUAAUGACACUGCCUGUGUGUGCUUGGAUGAGUGGACAUCUCCACUCACGGUCCAGUAGAGUUAAUCAUUCUCCGAAAUAAGAAAUAAA